UACUGACAGCUGCACAUUGUGUUAUCGAUGAUCAAAGGCCAAUUAAACAAAUUCGUUUGGGUGAACAUCACUUAGAUCAAUUAAAUUAUACAAGACGACAUAGAACUGAGAAAGGUCAUGAAAAUUUUGCAGUUAAGGAUAUCAUAGUUCAUAAUAAGUUUAAUAUUUCUGGUAAUGGUGAAAAUGACAUAGCUUUAGUACAACUAGACGACAAUGUGAAAAUGAAAGAGCACAUUAUUCCCAUCUGUUUGCCAACAUCACCGGAACUAAGAAAUAUGAGCAAAACUAUGAAUCAAUUUUUAAUAGCUGGCUGGGGCUUGACCGAGAACAACACAUAUUCCGUACUACCCUUGGAGAUAAACGCAUUUCGAACAAAUUGCAGCUUGUACGCUCCAAGUAAUUCAAUAUGUGUUUCUGGAGACCGUAACGAUACUUGUAAUGGAGAUUCUGGCAAUGCAUUGAUAUACGCUGCCAAUUAUUAUAAGUCACAACGUCUUGUGCAGUUCGGUAUCGUGAGUAGAGGUUCUCAGGAAUGCAAUUCAGGUGUACCAUCAAUAAAUACUAAUCUUAUCGAUUAUUUACCAUGGAUAAAUGAGAAACUGGUAAUGUAGACAUUAUAAAAGUGCAGCUGAAACCAAAAAGGUACACAAUUAAAAUAUGAGAAUGACUGACA